AUGAGCGCCCUUAGAAUUGUCCAAAGGUUGGUCACCAAGGGAAGACUAUCCCCCAACAAAGGACUCCACACUGCAGCAACGCGGAAAUUUACAAAUGAAGGAAAAAAAAUUUGGUACAGUGGACCGAAGGAUACCUAUAUAAACUCCGGCUUCGAACUAAAAAACGAAGACACAGAAAAGUUGAUCGAAUUACUGAAGGAAAGUUUAAAGUUAAAGUUGCUCUCUUGUACAUACUGUUCGGAAGAAAUAGCCAAGCAUUAUUUAGAGCUAGCCAUUAUGGAACAUAAAAAUUUGCUGCUAAAUGAUUCAAAAAAUCACUAUUUAAAAAGUUUCGAAAUAUAUAAAAAAAUUUUUGGAGAAUUAAGUAUCAUGUGUGCAAACAUACAAACGUACUUAGGCGUUGUGCACAAAGAUUUGGGUGACCUAAAAAAAGCAGAAGAAUUUUUGCAAUUAUCGCUAGCUAAUAAAAGGCUAAUAAUUAAGGAGGAAAAUUAUUUAAUUAUCGACACACUGAAUAAUCUGGGCUCCUUAUAUCAGCACAAGAAAGAGUUCGAAACGUCUAUUGGCUAUUUUGAGGAUUGCAUAAGGAUUUUAAUUUCUUCCCCUAUUGAGCUGAACAAAAAUGAACAAAUAGCCUUGUGCUAUUAUAAUUUGUCCUUUUCCUACUUAGGGUUAAAUGACCCCCACUCUGCCAUUACCUGUUUAAUUCGAUCCUACGCUGUGGCGCAGGAAACAUUCGGUCCCGACCAUACGUUAACCGUUCGGAUUAGGGAGCUGCGAAAUAGGUUGCAACAGGAGGUAGACGCGGGGAAGUCAUUACCCGUCUGA